GGGCUGCUACAAAUACCCCCCGCCCUUCCAUUUCCAUCAAACCAAGGCACAUACCCAUUCAUUUGCCUCGCUUAAAUUUAGGCCUCUGUUGAUUGCUGUUGAUCAAAAGUACUCUUCUGCCUAGUACCAUGUCUGGUCCACUUUGUAAGAACUUAGGCUUAUCUUCAGCCCUGAACAUCAUCGAAGAAGCCAUUAAUGUCACCGAGAAGCAAGGCAUAGUGUCGAUUCUGGGAUCGGAUGCUGAUCAGAGACCAACAGUUACAGGCUCUUCACUUCGAAGGACUUUAUCGGCUGAUAUGUCUUCCAAGAAAUGGCUUACUCUAAAUGAAUUUUCUCCAUUGAAAAGGAUUGCAUCUUCCGAAGAUUUUCCUGUUCCCAUUGCAGAUUCAUCGUCUGAACAGGAUUGUGAAGACAAGAAGGAUCUCGAUAAGCCAUGCCAGUUCGAUAUAUGGAGCUCCAUCGUUUCGAAGAAAGCGGACGAUGAGUCCCUGAAAUCACUUCCCCCGCCUUAUGUUCACCCUCUCGUGGAAAGAUCGGGGAGUUGUUUAAACGAGAAAAGCCUCGAAAUCUGCACCGAGAGCCUCGGUUCCGAGACGGGCUCCGAUGGGUUUUCUUCGUAUCCUCCGUCGGAGACCGGCGACGUGGAGGAAGAUCGUAAAGAGGAAGAUCAACAUGGAGUGCUCCAGCAACAAAAAACCGCCUGUUUUGAUGAUGAAGACGAUCAACUGAGGUACGUGAAAUGUAACUAUGAUGUAGUCGGGAAGAAAUCGCCACAGUACGGAUCGUUCCCUCCGCCGAUACCUUCCCUUUCUCGCAAAGAUGGUGCUUCGGUUCGCAUGGAGACUCAUCGUGAUAAUGGCAGAUUGGUUCUUGAAGCUGUUUCAGUGCCUUCGAAGAAUAACUUCCUCGCUCAACGGCAAGAUGGUCGCUUAGUCCUCACUUUUUCCAAUACCAUUAAUGAAUCUGAAGAGAAAGGAACUGAAACAAACAUAUUCGAAGAAGAAGAAGAAGAAGAAGAAGAAGAUAUGUGUCGUGGGAUGGAGCAGGGACCUAAGCUGGAGAGUGGAGCAAUGAAUGUGCAUAGGUUAGCUGCAAUGAUGAAUAAGCCCAUAUGGUUAGCAAAUAGGAACCCAACAUGGCCCAAAACAUUUGAUGAAAUAGUUAAACUUGGAGAGGAGAAAGUUGAGCCAACCACCCUCCCACCGCCGUCGCUACAGUCACUUCCGCCAGGGCCACGGGUGGUUAGGUUGAUUCCAUCACCACCACCACCGCCAUCAACAAUUGCAGCCGCAUCAUUCAAUGCAUAUGAGUACUAUUGGAGUAGCCCCGAUCAGGGCAUGUCGUCAAAGGCAGCUAUCCUUACCCCACUUGCUCAGCAGUCACCGCCAUCAUUGCUCGUGGACAACGGCUACAAACAUCUCCUUCUCCCCAAGAAUCAAACGGCCAAUGAUCAACAACAUUUGCUGGUUUUGAGAGGGAAUAAUGGUGAUUACUUUGUUCCUUUGCUAAGAGGCUGCAAAGAGAGUAGGAAAUCUCUCGUGUUCUCCGGUCCCUAUUGCAUAGCCACUUCCUGAUCAUGAUCAUCGUCAAAAUACCACCCUCACAGUUCCACCAAAUUUGUGCCUAUCAUUGUUAUUACUUACUACUGUUACCCUAUCUGUUUUUAGCCUCCCGAGCUAGUUUUUCCACGGCCACUCCUCGAGGGUGGCUGUGAUUGUGUAGUUAAAUUUCCAAUAAUUGGAUAAAAGAAGAAAGAGAAU